AUGGAGAAAAUAUUCAGAAGAGCAACACUAGAAGAUCGAGAAGGUGUUUUGUCACUUUCCCCAGACUUGUACUUCGGCAGAGACUAUUUACCACACAUGUAUGACUCUGUUAUUCGAGAAUAUCGAGGGUAUGUUUGCGAAGAAAAUGGUACAAUAAUCGGUUUUGGUAUGAUUAGUAUAGUUGAUGGUGGAGAAACAGCUACGAGACGUGGUGGAAGAGUUUUAGAAAGUCAUCAAGGUCAAGGUGUAUUCCGUGACCUUUCAGAUUACAUGACGCGUGACCUCUAUACCAUACCGAACAUGAAAUAUUCAACAAUGACUAUCAACAAAAAGCAUUUCGACUUGUCAAGAAGUUACAUUAACAGAGAAAACUAUAAAUUGGUCAUGAAAAUUAUGAUAAUGCUUGUAAAUUAUAACAUAAGCGACUUGCAAGUCACAUCAUCUCCAGUAAACAACAUCGUUAUAACGGAAAUAGACCGCGAUCUUUUCGCCACCAUCUUGAAUUGCAAGCCGUCACGUGAUUAUUUAUUUCCGGAGAAAUUUGUACGGAUUCAUUGUGUAUUGUAUAGACCUUCAAUGGAAAAUUUGGAACAUUUUCUCAACGAAGAAAGAUACGUUGUCGGAAGCUACGGUGAAAAACAGAGGAGGCCCGAAAGCAUCCGAUUAUUGACUCUUGCCAGCUUUUUUCCAUGUAAAGUUGGAACAGCUUAUCAGAUUGAUAUAUUCGGUGACAAAAUAGAAGAUUUUCAUGCUCAUUUAUGUUUGCAUUUUAAAAAGAUUUCCACAAUCACUAAAAGCUUUGCCACAUCAGGUAUUAUGUUCGGAAUGGAUAUGAAUAUCGAACUCAUCAAGUCGGCUUUUCGUCAAUUUAAUAUAGCUUCUCCAGGAGAUACUGCGUUCGAAUUAAGUGCUUACAGGAAGACAUUAUAUGAACAUUCUGAAUAA